GUUAGCAUUCCAAAAAAAUCUCUAAAUAGCUUAUAAAUCACGCAACUCUUUGAUAGAAGACACUAGACGACUAGAACUCCUGGUACCUAUACUUUCCUUUUCGUGUAUACGAAAUAAGGAUGACUAUUUUGGGGAUUAUUGUGAAUUUACUGGCCAUUCUAGUGAUUGAUCACGCUUACGAUCUCAAGCGUGCUGAACGAUUAUUUGAAAACAUUAGAAACUGCAACGAAAACAAAACAUCACCGACAAUGAAUACCGAAAUACUUCUGUGCAUAUUGACGAAAGACGGCCAAAUUAUUGACCAUGACAGCAUCGUACCAAGAGAAAUGCAUAAAUUUAUAAUGGAGAUCACCUCCAAUAAACAAUUAGCAGAGUCUUCACAGAAUUUAUACGACGCUUGCUCCUCGAAUGCUAGAUAUCUGAAUUAUACGUCCAAGGCUAAAAUGAGGUUUAUUAUUGAGUGCUCCCUACCGAUUGUAUCUAAUGCCUUCACGAUACGAUGAAAUGGAUAAUUUCGCUUUAUACAAUAUACAAAAUCUCUCUUCAUUCUUCAUCGGAUCCAUAAAACUUUUUCUAAUACUGUUUCAACUAUUUAUCUAAUUAUAUAUUCAUAUAUACAUAUUAUCUAUAACAAAUUAGUGCCACGACCAUACAAUUCAACAGUGUUUCUGUAAUAAUUCUGUAAUAAUAAAAUGUAGUUCAAUAAAAUAUGGUUGUUCUACAAAAAUAUAUUUUA